GGUGGAUUUCAGGCUUCCUGAAGAGUGGAAGAAUCUGCUCAAAACCGCUUGUCUUGCAGAGGCGGGGCCGGCUGCACCAGCAAUGCCAGAGGCAGGCUUCCGGCGGGACAUCGCGAGGCCGAGAGUGACAGCCCAGGGGCAGGGCCCAGCCGGGAGCGCGAGCCCGCGGCCGCAAGUCCCGGGCGUCUGCGGGCGCGAGCACGUCGCGACCUUGCCGUGCGCCGGGGCGGGGGGCGGGGCGGGGGCGGGGCCUCGCCUGCACAAAUGGGACUGAGGGGCGUGGUGGCCGCAAUUUCGCGCCAAACUUGACCCGGCGUCCAGGUCUCGCGAGCGAGCUCCGAAGUGUUUGCUGCCGCUCUCAUGAUGCGUCCGCUAAACUGCAUCGUCGCCGUGUCCCAGAAUAUGGGCAUCGGCAAGAACGGGGACCUGCCCUGGCCCCCACUCAGGAAUGAAUUCAAGUAUUUCCAAAGAAUGACCACAACCUCUUCAGUAGAAGGUAAACAGAAUUUGGUGAUUAUGGGUAGAAAGACCUGGUUCUCCAUUCCUGAGAAGAAUCGACCUUUAAAGGACAGAAUUAAUUUAGUUCUUAGCAGAGAACUCAAGGAACCUCCACAAGGAGCUCAUUUUCUUGCCAAAAGUUUGGAGGAUGCCUUAUCACUUAUUGAACAACCAGAAUUAACAAAUAAAGUGGACAUGGUUUGGAUCGUGGGAGGCAGUUCUGUUUAUAAGGAAGCCAUGAACAAACCAGGCCAUCUUAGACUGUUUGUGACAAGGAUCAUGCAGGAAUUUGAAAGUGACACAUUUUUUCCAGAAAUUGAUUUCAAGAAAUAUAAACUUCUCCCAGAAUACCCAGGUGUUCUUUCUGAUAUCCAGGAGGAAAAAGGCAUUAAGUACAAAUUUGAAGUAUAUGAAAAGAAUGAUUAAUGUGAAGACGUUUUCUGAUUAUUUCAAGUUGUUCCUCCUCCUCUCCAAAAAAUUAUAUAUCUUAACGAUAGAAAAAAAGACUUUUGUUCACUUUAGAUCUAUGGAUAAUUAUUUCUAAGCAAUGUGUUUUUAUUCCCCAUUAAUUGUAACUAGACCAUUCAAAUACCAU